AUGGCAACUCAUCCGAGCCUCCCUAGCCUGGAUUUCGGCGAAAUCGACAUCACUCCACCGAGCUUAAGACGGCAAUCUCGGCCUUACAGCAAACCAAUAAGUCACGAAUCUGAAGCGAUACCACAACUUCCCUCCUCGUUUAGUGAUGCUUCUUCUCUCCUCGAUUCCAGUAGUCGUACAUCAGAUAUAGCCAUCAAAUCAAUUUCAUCGCGAUCCCAAGCGAAAGUCCAUGAUAUUCGCUAUUGUUUGAUGGAGUAUUAUGUUGACUGGAAGUGGGAAUUCCUUGCAAGCCUUAUCGUUAUUGCUUGUCCAUUUGUUAUCAUCAUGACACUAUACCCCAAUGCAGGAAAACCUUUACCAGAGUGGCCAUUCCAAAUAUCAAUCAACACACUUCUAUCUAUCUAUGGUCUUGUGUUCAAAACGUGUCUGACUUUUAUCGUCACUUCGUGUAUUGGACAACUUCAGUGGUUUUGGUUUUCCUCCCGUCGUCCACUUUACGACGCCGUUUGUUAUGAUAGAGCUACUCGUGGACCAUGGGGUUCUAUCCAGUUACUGUGCUCUGAGCACAUUCGGAAUCCACUGACUGGACUUUGUGCCAUAAUAUUGAUAGCUGCGGUCGCUAUUGAUCCUUUGAUCCAACAACUAGUUUUGCCAUACGAUUGCGAGGUAUUAACACUAAAUAUUGAGGCGACGUUGCCCCGAACCAAUCAGUUUGACAAUGUAGACAGCAUAUUGAUAGAUCCUACUUCCGAAUUACCGAUUAAAUCUGCAAUUUACGCCCCAGAAAACUGGAUGACCUGGCAAUGUAUAACAGGAAAUUGCACAUUUUCAGAUACAUAUGGAACAUUGGCAUACUGCAGCAGUUGUGAAGACGCAUCGGAUAAGCUCAUCUUCGAGACUACCUGUUAUGAUGAAGAGGCCAACAUUAAUGUUACUUCUACAACAGGAUAUUGUGCCGGAGCUUUAGGCUCUUUUGCAACAACUAAAUUUUUUGCGGGAGAUUAUCCUCCUGACGAAGAUGAUCCAUUUACAGGUCAGUGGGUUAACACGACAAUUAGCUUUGUAAGCACCCCUGAAAGUUAUCAACCCAACAACCCAUUGGCAAUAUCGGUAAUUUUGGGCCAUCCAAAUCGCCCUGGUGAGAGAGUAUAUAUCAUAGUUCCGAGGACCGUAGAUCCAAGUAAACGAUUAGAUCCAGAGUCGAUGGGACCUUGGAUAGAUCGUAACAUGACAAUAACAUCAAAUCCUUGGCGACUCCAAGGACACGGUGCAGCGGUAUGUUCGCUACAGCCAUGUAUCCGCACUUACAAUGCGAACAUCAACGGAACUCGACUUACUGAACACUCGAUUUCCAGCAGUUCGACUCACCCCUGGGGUUUUAGCUUAGAGUCCCAUGACGACAUUGGUGAAUAUUGGAUAGGGAUGAUUGAUACACACUGUAUAUCGGAAGGUGAAAGGGAGGCAUUGUCAACGCAAGGCUAUAAAAUUGAGAGCUCUUCACAAUGGCUUGCUUUUACCAGAUCUUUCUUGCCGUCUCAGGUUGAAUAUGACCUAGUCUCAUCUCUUCUCUCACACAGAUGCUUGUAUAUGAUGGCACACAUGAUAAUGCGCGGCAUUCCAUUCAUAACUGAUUUGCUGGGCGACAACCUCCAUGGCUAUGUAUCAAGCUUGGAACCAGGUAUGUCUAUUGAUGGAGGGAUUAAUAGAACAACUGCGUUUGGUGGAUUGGUUGGUCCUCGAAUGAUGUUGGACUUGUAUGAUAAUGGCUACAUUGAAUUUGAAGAUGUACAGGAAACAUUUUCCAACAUCUCAGACAUAAUUACAGCUUGGAUACGAACGCAUGGGAACAGUAACUUUUCAGAUCCGGCUGUUGGGAAAGUUCUACAUUAUGCAACAUGUUUGCGCGUUCAAUGGCCGUGGAUAGCAUUUCCAGCAACCUUGGCAAUCCUUUCACUGGUCUGUUUCGUGGCAGUGGUCGUUGUUAUGGACAGACAGCAAGUACCAGUAUGGAAAUCCUCACCGCUGGCAUUGAUCAUGAGAGGAUCCAACAAAGAGUUUUGGUGCAAACCUACUGCCGACGCGAUGGAGGAGAGGUCUAAGGAUAUCACUGUCAUUCUUAUGAAGGGGUCUGACCCACAAAUUCAGGUCGUGAGAAAAGAUUUCGGGCUCGUGGAUAUAGUCAAUAGGGGAGGAAAUAACUCUACUCGAACUCUAAAUGACGACGCGAGGGAAUAA